GAGGGAAAAGAAAAGGAGGAUCAACAUCUUGCUAGACUCCCCCACUGAUGCUGAAACCAUGCCGGGCAUGCCCUGGAGAUGGGCACGUUCGCCCUGGGCCAUAUAGUGGAGAGACGUCCACUUGCGUGGGUUUGGUUUUGGUCGGUCUGUUCGAGUUGGUCAAGUGAGUAAAGAUGAGGUUGUCCAGUGUUGCAUUGUUUCUUGCGCCUUUGAGUGGCUUGGUGAAUCUGGUGUCAGGCCAGUCAAUGCCCGACUGUGCGGCCAAGUGUCUUCAGGACAGCCUCAAGGCACAAGACAAGUGUACAGCUACUGAUGUAGCCUGCAUUUGCGCCGAUGAGCCUCUCAAUGCUGCGAUACAAGGCUGUGUACUACAAAGCUGUACAGUGAUUGAUGCACUAGCUGCCCAGAAUGCCACUCAGACAAUGUGCGGAGCUCCUGUGCGAGAUAUCACGCACAUCACUCCCAUCAUCGCCGGGACAUCUGGCGGCGCAGCGCUCAUUGGGGUCGCCGUCCGCGUCUGGAUGUCAGGUGCAGACUUCUGGCUUGAUGAUGCCAUGUGCGUGGUCGCGCUCGUCUUCGCCAUCCCAAUGGCCGUCUUAGAAUUUCUCAUGUCGGGUUUGGGCUUUGGCAAGGAUAUUUGGACGCUGACACCAAGCCAAAUAUACAGGAUCGUUCAGUUUACCUGGCUCACCGAGAUAUUUUGGUUUGUUUCCAUCGGGUGCACGAAGCUGGCAUUCCUCUUCCUGUACCUCCGCGUCUUCCCCCGCCAGAAGCUCCGCAAAGUGGUCCACAUCCUCAUCGGUCUGGGGACUUUGAGUACCGUCAUAUUCGCAGUUAUUGUAACGGUGAAUUGCCUGCCCAUAACAUACAUCUGGACCUCGUGGGAUGGCCUGCACAAAGGCAAAUGCAUCAACCUCAACGCCUUUGUCUGGGCGCACGCAGUCAUCGACAUCGUCUUCGACUGCAUCAUCUUCGCGAUCCCCAUCCCCGAGCUCAUCAAGCUAAAGAUGAGCCUCAAGAAGCGCAUCAUGAUCGUCGCCAUGUUCAGCGUGGGCGGACUCGGCACCAUCGUCUCCAUCCUGCGCCUCCAAUCCCUGCUCGCCUUUGCCAAUUCCACGAACGCCACCUGGGACAACUGCCCCACCGCCUACUGGAGCGUCCUCUCCUGCUUCGUCGGCAUCUUCUGCGCAUGCAUGCCCGCACUGCGCAAGUGCCUCGCUUUCAUGUUUCCCUCGUGCUUCUCGUCGAGCGUGCAGAACUCAAACUACAACGACUACUCUGGCACACCUAACGCGCGGCUGUCGUCGAACAAGCGCUCGAAGUCGCGGUCUGCGCUGGGAAGUGCGCUGCAGAGUUUCGGUGGGAUCACGAAGACGGUGGAUACGAAUUUCACGGUCACACGAGUCGAGGAUGACGAGCAGGAGUUGGUGCAUGUGCAGAAUAAGGGUGCGCUGAGGGCGCAAAGUCAGUGGAGUGUUGGUGAAGGCAGCGAUAAAAGCGAAGGCGAGAGGAGGACGAGGCAGAUGUAGAGUCUGCGGUGCCCAUUGUGGCCGCGUAUGAUGACUCCUGGGAGGCGGCAUGAGGACCCUCGAGGAUGUAGAAAAUAGACCAUG